GCAGGUUAGGAGAAUUUACACAGCAUAUUAGGAUUAUUAACGUAGCACGUUAGGAUAAUUAGGUUCAGAUUUGGAAAAAGGUCAGAGUUAGAUAAAAUGACAAAAUAAAUACAUUUUUGACAAAAGCUGUAGCCUUUCUAGCCAUGACCACUUACUGGGUGAAAGGUGAUGAGAAGUGCUGCAUACCCCACGAGCGGAGCAACGACACAAACUACCGCAAGCGCCUUCCUCUACAGUCUAGUCUAAAAAAUAGCCGCAACAUUAUUUUUAUUUUGAAUGGACGAGCGAAAACAACUUUUCACAUAUCGGAAUUCGCAGAAUAUCACACAAUUCUAAGGUGACAUGACCAACCAGGUGUCAGAGUUCCCCACUGAGCGGACGUUCCAGUACCAGCAUAGCCUGCCUCCUCUCCCUGUACCGUCUCUAGAGGGGAGCCUCGCCAAGUACCUGGAUGCAGUGCGGCCGUUUGCUACAGAGGAGGAGUACCAUGUGACUGCAGCCGUAGUGAAGAGGUUUGGAGAGGGCAUCGGCAAAGACCUGCACCAAAAACUACUGCAGAGAGCCAGGACACGCAGGAACUGGUUGGAGGAGUGGUGGUUGGAUGCAGCCUAUCUGGAAUUGCGUUACCCCUCCCAGUUGAAUGUGAACUUCGGAGGUCCUGCACCCUACCUAGAGCACUGCUGGCCCCCUACAGAGGGAGUACAGCUACAGAGGACCAGCAUAAGCAUGUGGCACACUCUACAGUACUGGGACCUGCUUCGCACGGAGAGGCUGGACCCUCAUAAAGCUGGUAAUGUGGUGUUGGAUAUGGACCAGUUCAGAAUGCUGUUCUGUACAUGUAAAGUUCCUGGAGUCACCAAGGAUACCAUCAUCAACUACUUUAAGACAGAGAGCGAGGGUCCAUGCCCCUCCCACGUGGUGGUGAUGUGUAAGGGCCGUUUCUUCUCGUUUGAUGCAGUGUGUGACGGACACAUUCUUACCCCUCCAGAGCUGCUCAGGCAGCUGACCCAUGUUAAGCAGUGUUGUGAAGGGGAGCCAGCGGGAGAUGGUGUCGCCGCUCUCACCUCAGAGGAGAGGACACUCUGGGCUAAGGCUAGGGAGUAUCUGAUAGGUAUAGAUCCAGCCAAUAAGACCAUCUUAGAGACCAUCCAGAGCAGUCUGUUUGUGGUCUCACUGGACGAUGCUAAACCCUACGCUACUUCAGAGAACUACACACCGGUGACCCGGGAAGCGCUGACAGGAGACCCCACCAUCCGCUGGGGAGACAAGUCCUACAACUCCCUCUCCUUCGCUGACGGAACCUUCGGAUCCAAUUGUGACCAUGCCCCCUACGAUGCCAUGGUGCUGGUAACUCAGGGUUACUAUGUGGAUCAGCAGCUCAAAGCUACAGACGGCAAGUGGAAGGGCUCUGAGACGGUGCGGCCUAUGCCUCUUCCUGAAGAGUUGGUCUUCACUGUGGAUGACAGAGUCAGGAGUGACGUUGCACAUGCCAAGCAACAGUACUUUGAGACUACUCAGGACUUGCAGGUGGUGUGUUAUGCGUUCACCUCGUUUGGGAAAGCAGCCAUCAAACAGAGGAAGCUCCACCCAGACACCUUCAUACAACUGGCCCUUCAACUGGCUUAUUACAGACAGCAUGGGAGGUUAGGUAGUUGCUAUGAGACAGCGAUGACCAGAAGGUUCUACCACGGCAGGACUGAGACCAUGAGGCCCUGUACCCUGGAGGCACAGAACUGGUGCCAUACCAUGCUCCUCCCUGCAGCCAGUGCUGAGGCUAAGAGGAAAGCCCUGCUGCUGGCCUUCAACAAGCACAACAAACUGAUGGCUGAGGCACAGAACGGAAAAGGUUUUGACAGACAUCUCCUGGGCCUUUACCUGAUCGCCAAGGAGGAGGGACUUCCUAUGCCAGACCUUUUCACUGAUCCACUGUAUUCCAAGAGUGGCGGGGGCGGUAACUUUACCCUGUCCACCAGUCUGGUUGGCUACACCACAGUCCUGGGAGCGGUUGCUCCCAUGGUGCACCAUGGCUACGGGUUCUUCUACCGCAUCGGAGACGACAGGAUCGUGGCUUCCUGUACAGCGUGGAAGUCCAGUCGAGAGACAGAUGCAGAGACACUGUUCCAGAACCUGGUUACCUCCCUACAUGAGAUGUUACAUCUCGCUACCACAGCUCAGCUCUAACACACACACACACACAUACACACACACACACAGUUUGUAGAUGGUCGUCAAUAAUAGUUUAGUUCUGCACAGAUCAAUGCAAAGGCACAUUUAUUGUUUUCUACAUUUAAAAAUAAAAAUGUAUUAUUUGUUUAAAUGCAGCUCAACAAAUUAGUUAAUUUUGCACUUAGUGAAUCAUUCUCUGUGAUUUUAUGUAGUGUAACGGAUGUGAAACGGCUAGCUUAGUUAGCGGUGAGCGCUAAAUAGCGUUUCAAUCGGUGACAUCACUUGCUUUGAGACCUUGGAGUAGUGGUUCCCCUUGCGCUGCAAGGGCCGUGGCUUUUGUGGAGCGAUGGUUAACGAUGCUUCGUGGGUGACUGUUGUUAAUGUGUGCAGAGGGUCCCUGGUUCAGAAACAGAGAGAAACGGGUCAUGUUGUCUUUGACUACCGUCUCACCUCAGGCCUCAUGGGUAUUAUAUAAGGCACUCAAUCAAAACUGUUUUCCAGUUUCCAGGGCAAGAAAAAUGAUUGUUUUUAUGUUUUGCACAUCAGUAGAGGAUUUUGCAUUUGGCUGGAUAUGAUCAAUGAAACAGUGUUUGGGUGAGACGAAAAGAAACCCAAGUAAAUUCUAAUGUGCCUUUUUGCUGUGUCCUUAUUUUAGUCUGUCCCCAGAGAUCUGGUUAGUGGUUUUGAUUGAAUAGCUCCCUAAUUGACCAGACUUUUUAGACUUCAAAAGAUGCUGAAUAACUCUACCACUCCUAUGCCAGAUCCAUAGGCUGCUGCCCUAUGCAAUAUGCCAUUUUAUGUAGUAGAUGUCUGUAAUAAUGAACAUUCUUGUCACAAUUUACCCAUGAUACAUCACGGUUUUGAUGCUCUCGAACACAGCAUUGUGUUAAUACCUUUCAGACAGUCUUGAGAUUUUCAGCAUGUUUUUUUGUUGUAAAUGAUAGAAAAGUGAUAAAAGACGAGCGCUGCAUUUGAUUCAGUCAACAGAAUGAAAAGAAGCUGUUUUAAUGCCUAAAGUAGUGAAAAUGAUGUAACCCACUUUACAGUAGGACAAUUAUAGUAUUGACUUGGUUGACAAUGUAAACUUGGAAAAUGUUUUAUUGAAUAUGAAAGUUGUUUAGUGUGAUUGAACUGACAAAUCAAAGUGAUUGAAUCAUGUCAUGAGCCCAAAUAUUCAAAUAAAACAUCUUUAUUAAUGA